ACCAACCAUUAUAUAUUAUCCAUGGAGAAAAGGGUUGCCAUCGUCGGGGCCGGAAUCAGCGGCCUCCUGGCCUGCAAAUACGCGGCGGCCAGAGGCUUCAGACCCGUUGUUUUCGAAGCUCAGGAUCACGUCGGCGGUGUGUGGAACCACACCAUUGAGUCCACCAGACUGCAGAAUGUGAGGCCCACCUUCGAGUUCUCUGAUUUCCCAUGGCCUUCUUCGGUUGAAGACAUGUUCCCCACAAACUUUCAAGUUUUGGACUACCUCCAAUCAUAUGCUCACCAUUUUGGAUUGUUACCAUACAUAAAAUUCAACUCCAAAGUGAUCAGCAUUAAUUACGUGGGCGAAUCUGAUGACCAGAUUCGUUCCUGGGACUUGUGGGGCGGCACGGGUAAAGCUUUUGGAUGUCAAGGAAAGUGGAUUCUCAAAGUCAUCCACACCAAAGAUAACUUCACUAAGGAGUAUGAAGCUGAAUUUGUGAUAAUUUGCAUUGGGAGAUUCAGUGGUUUCCCAAAUAUUCCAAAGUUUGGAGCUGGAUUUGGACCGGAGAUAUUUUCAGGCAAAGUGUUGCAUUCGAUGGACUACUCUGGGAUGGACAAUGCAGCUGCUGCAGACUUCAUCAGGGGAAAACGAGUUGCUAUAAUAGGCUCUAGCAAAUCAGCAACCGACAUUGCUCUCGAAUGCGCCAAUGCAAAUGGGCCCGAAAAUCCUUGCACGAUGAUCCAGAGAACGGUGCAUUGGGCACUUCCGGAUGCAUAUCCGUGGGGUGUCCACUACGGUUACAUCUUCGCGACGCGCUUUAUGGAGCUCAUGGUCCAUAAACCAGGCCAAGGACUCCUCUCUACCGUCUUAGCCACCUCACUUACACCCCUGCGAUGGGCGAUGUCCAAGUUCGUGGAAAGCUACGUUAGAUGGAAGCUCCCCUUGAAAAAGUACGGAAUGAUUCCUAAAGAGAGCUUUCUCGGAGAAAUCUCGUCUUGCCAGAUCUUAAUGCUCCCUGAAACAUUCUACGACAAGGUCGAAAACGGCAGCCUUGUUCUCAAAAAAUCGCAGAAUGUCAGCUUCUGCGAAGACGGCCUCAUCAUCGAUGGAGAACAUCAUGUAAAAGCAGAUAUAGUAAUCUUUGCAACGGGAUACAAAGGCGACGAGAAGCUCAAGAGCAUCUUCGCGUCUCCAACUUUCCAAAACUACAUCCUAGAGACUCCAACCUCCACCAUCCGUCUCUACAGACAGAUAAUUCAUCCUAAAAUUCCGCAGCUAGCGGUGAUAGGCUACUCGGAAUCGCUCUCGAAUCUGUAUACGUACGAGAUGAGGUGCAAAUGGGUGGCGCAGCUUCUUGAUGAGGCGGUGGAGUUGCCGAGCAUCAAGGAGAUGGAGAAGGACAUCGAGACGUGGGAGAGGUACAUGAAGACGUACUCUGGUAACGGGAAAUACAGAAGCAGUUGUGUUGCUGGAUUGCACAUAUGGUAUAAUGAUCAAAUAUGUAGAGACAUUGGCAUUAAUCCCAGAAGAAAGAAGGGCUUUUUUGCAGAUAUGUUUCAGCCUUAUGGUCCACAGGAUUACAAUUGAGGUGCUGAGGGUAUAGGGAGUUUAAGUCUAAGGUAAGGUGUGUAUUGUGUUUGGGAGUCUUAAUGGUGUAAAUCUUAUUACUAGUUUGUUUUCUUACUUCACAAAGUAGCUGGUUCAUGAAUUGGAUUUUACUAAGUUAUUAUAUGGAACUAGUAUCACGCUCGUACUAUGCA